AUGAGGCGCAUUCUCCAAUUUCGCCAUAGCUACCAACAACCGACGGCCGUCUGCUCCAUUGACUUUGCCGCCGCGUUCGAUUCCAUUCACCGUGAGUCCCUGUGGCGGAUAAUGGCGCUAGAUGGUGUACCUGUCAAAAAUCAUCGCCAUGAUUAAGGCCUACUAUUGCUCCACUACUGCGAGAGUCCUGGUCCGCAACAAUCUUUCCCAACCGUUCAGUAUUCGGUCUGGCGUCCUACAGGGUUGUAUCUUGUCACCCAUACUGUUCAACUACGCCAUUGACUGGAUCCGCGGGAGGGCUCUAAGCAAGAGCGACGGCGUUGAGUUUGCACCCGGACAUUGACUGAUUGAUCUCGACUAUGCCGAUGAUAUCGCCUUACUUGCUACAAGUUUUGGUGAUUUGCAGUCUAUAGUGUCACGGGUGAACGAGGUUGCUAAAUCGGUCGGUUUGUCCAUAAACGCUGGGAAGACCAAAGUAUUCUCAAGCUGCAUCCCUGACCUGGAGAAGGCACCCCUCGGGAUUGGUGGCUGUCAACUUGAAGAAGUAGACAGUUUUAAAUACCUUGGGGCGAGGCUGCUGCCUAGUGGACAGAGUAAGGAUGACAUUGUCUCCCGAAUCGAUGCUGCCCGCUGCGUUUUCUCAAGCCUUCGGAAAUGCCUAUGGGACCGAAGUUACCUCUCCAUCGCCACGAAGAUUCGCGUGUACCGUGCAUCUGUCCGGUCUGUCCUUCUCUACGGUUGUGAAUGCUGGGCUUUGCACGUGGAGGACGAGCGAAAACCGGAGGUAUUCGACCACCACUGCCUGAGGACCAUCCUUCGAGUGAAGUUAACCGACUUCAUCUCAAAUGAGACAGUCCGCGCUCGCUGCGACAACAUCGCAAGGAUAACUCAGGCCAUCCAAGAAAGACGACUGAGGUGGUUCGGGCAUGUUCUUCGUCGUCCACCUCAGGAGCUCAGUGUGACUGCCCUCGAUCCGGCACCGUUGCCCCAUUGGAGGCGUUGAAGAGGGGGUCAGUUCGAAACCUGACUCGACACAGUUCGUCAAGACAUGGAGGUGGUUCUUGGACCUUCGGUAUUUGGUCUCCGUCGUUGGCGAAGGGAAUGGGUUGAGCUGUCCAGAUCUGCUACCGCGGAUCGUCACGCGUGGAGAGGUACAGUUCGGGAAAUCAUCGAGGCCCGCUAGAUUAGGCAUGAUCGCAGCUGUAUCAAGUACAAGUAAGUAAAACAAAAACUGUAGAGAAAGCACGCAUGUGCAUAGGUCACUUCACAAACGACUACAGGUCUAUUUUUGACCAGUGAGGUGUCGCUCGCAUGGGUCCUUGCUUGUGUUUGUGCCUGGUUACAAUUAAAGUACGUUGAUUCGCUUUCCUCCUACUAUAGGCAUUCUGUCUUGUUAUCAGUAUUUGUUUUAUGAGAUUUUUAUGUAGUCUUGCCAGUCCUUUUAGUGCAUUGUUCUACAGGGUUCUGAACAAACACUCUUUUAAAAUAAAUCUACCAGCUAAUGUUUGUCGCACCACUGAGCUUAUAUUUACCGUUGCCCUCAUGUGGGCCUUCAGACCGUCGUUAAAGUUAUAGCAAAUGACAGCAUUGUCUCUUUCCUCUGCGAUGGUAAACGUGCUUUUGGUCACUGUUCGUUCUACAGCGAAUCGAAAUGUCUCCGGAAAAGACCAAAUUUUCCAACGCUUAACGCGCUUUCACUGGUGGCGCCCGAAUCCACUUGACUAGUGGAGCGUGUAUAAAAUUCACUUGGAAUAUCUGGCCAGGCUGCAGGCCAGCGCCUAAAACGUAUUGCUUCCGAGGUAGAAGAAAAAGAGAAAAAGAGGCCGGGGAACAGUUUGCCAUCAGUACUCCCAUUACUGAUUUCAGGUGCCAAGACUGGUCGUUUACACAUGCUUGCCUUCUCUUGAACUUGCCUCCGGAACGCUGUCUUUGUCCAUUUCUCUUUACUCUUCAUUCUCCCAAAAGCAUUUCCAGCUGCUUGUUCGUUUUAUGUGUAUGUUUUUCCACAUAAAGUCGGUUGCCCCUCUGCUGUGCCUUUUCUCUGCUGCUUGCUAUUUUCUACUGUUCAGCCCAUUAGCGAUGCCACGACCUAAGUCUCUAAAGACAGACAGGAGGAAUUGAUGUGGCAGUAAUGUCCAUCGAUCCAUCCUAAUCGCAGGACAGAAGGCGGACAUUAUCGGAAGGAAUUCGUCUGGACUCUACCUAUAGCUCGCGGGAGUAAUAAAUACUACCUUACUGACUCGGAUAUUCGAACUUUUGGCAGACAGCAAACGUCCACAUUGUGAUAAAGAUGACUGCGCGGCGUCAGGUUGUCUCCUCUAGUGCAUCGGCACAAAGGCCUAACCACAAGGCAUCGGCGACAAGCAAACUUUCCUGGUGCCGAUUCAUGGUCGCCAUGCCACGGUAUCGUCAUCCGACUUGACGGAAUUUUAUAAAUCAGUCAGUAUGCCCGAUCGCUGUUUUCCGUACCCUGGUAGCAUUGUCGCUGCUAGUCCGGAACUACUCAUUCACAAACACUGAGAACCUGUUUACUUCGCAGUUAGCCCUCGCGGAGGGCCCUUCUGUUAUCCGCCAUGUGUGGACGCGCUGGAUAGCCAGCAGAUGGGCCAACGCGCAACUCGUUUUUCCGGUGACUACAGGUGUGAUUUACCAUACGACUCACCCUCUCUAGCUCGAAUAUUCGGUCAAGCAAACUAGGAUGCUGCUGUCUUGAGUGGUCUCGGCUUUAAAAACUUCAUCACACGGAGCCACUGUUUGGCCUGGCCUUGGAUAGCGAACUUUUAAUAAAAUCAUCUAGGCUUCGUGCCGUUUUUUAAGGCUGGGAGCUUGGUACUUCCACCUACUCUCGGCGUACUGCGUGCUUAAACUUUGCACGCAAAUUAACCAGAGUUUGAAGACACGCUAGCGCUUUCGCGAGAUAGCACCGCCUGUGGGACAUGUAGCAUAGGGUACCAGAAGUUCUGCAGAGGGCGGUGACUCGUUUUUUGUGGCCAAAUGCCUUCCAGGAGGCAAUGCGCUCCAAAAAAAGCAUAAAAGGCACAGGUGAAUGAGGUAGUUGCAUCAACGCGUCUAUACUCUGCUAGCACAUGUUCACGUCCAAAGGGCUGGAUCAAACUGAGAUGAACGAGAUCAUGGCCCAGCCCGAAGAGUCGUUCCUCCUCUAUUUUUAGCACAAGUGAUUGACAAUAAUGCGAGUUUUCGAAGCACAGAUCAGAUAUCGUAGGUACGUUCCCUAUGUCGAUCAUUUCGUGGAGACAGUCAUACAAGUGGACUGCUUCUCAUUGUUCUCAGGUGACUGGGGUUGACGGACCCAUGACUUAGACCUUAGGACGGCGACGGGUGCUAGUAGGGUAUGAUCAGAAUGAAUUAAGAUAAGGUACGGAGGGUCUUGGUUUAGAAAAGCCAGGUAUUCGUAUCGUCGACUACCUACCACUCGUCUCAUUACUGACAUCGUAGUGAAGCAAGGAUUCCAAUUAUGAUGUUAACUAAGAUUCGUUUUCGAAAAGAGCAGUUGAAACACGCUCUCAAACCACAACGUUUGCCUCUUGAUGGCCUCUACCUGCCCUCGGCUGGUCCUGUUUCGCACCUGUGCCAAACUAGGUCUUUGUCUCAUCUAUCAUUUGGCAUCUGGUGACUUACGUAGCUCAGCCUCCUCAAUUUUGACUGGGGUGGGGGUAGGACAUGUAACCCCCCUUGGAUGGUUGUCCAAAAUCUGCCUUCCCAUCUUAUUUAGGCAGAUGUGGCUCAAAAUCGUUUGCCUGGCAAUCGGUUCCGCAGGGGGCCAUACGAUGAGCGGAUUUCCACCUUGACUAGCGUUAAUGACGCUAAAGGUGCCCAUAUCGGGCUCAUAGUUAGGGUUAGGGCUACGUUUAAAGUUAGAGUUAGUACUAGGAGUUGGGCUAUGCUUAGGGCUAGAGUUGUCAAGAUUAGGUUAUGGCUUGGGUUUGGGGUUGAGACUAGGAUUGGGGUUUUGGUCUUGGGUUGGAGUUGGAGGAUUAAGAUCAGGGUUAAGGUUAGAGUUCCAUGAUUAGGGUUAGGGUGGGGGGCAGGGUUAGGUUUUAGGGCUAGCCUGAGUUAGGGUUACGACCGCGUUCGUGUUUGAUUUAAAUGUUUACGAGUUAGCGGUCGAGGUUGCUCACUACAGGCAUGACCUCGGUUGCCAUUGGAGUUGCAGUUGACUUAGUUCUCCCAGCGGAGUUGCAUACCAUAUCCUUACCCCGACUGGCAUUUGGGUGUGUUACGAGGGGUAAGCGGUCACGGGUCAAAUUCAUCCUAUACUCAGCCAUUUAAGGGCUGUCUGGAUAUAGUCGUCUCGUCUUCGACAGAAAUCCUGCUUAUCGUUCUCGAUAAAAGAUUCAAUAUCUUUCAAAAACGAAGCUGUGCGGGAUAACAUUGCACGUGGCAGGGUGAAUGAGCAGUCAGUAGAGAACGGGCCAGUGCUUAGGAAAAGAAGACGGGAAGUUCACACGACUCAAAAAAUGAAUACGUAUGCCUUCGAUAAAUUAUCGCCGAGCCAGUGCAUCUUUAUGGGAAUGGGGCAAAAGAAAAGCAUGCAAGUGAUAGGUGAAAUCGAUUACAGUUCAUCUGUUUAUUCAAGUGAAGUGCGGAAACAGGGAAAGGGGAGUAAGAGACUGAGUUAGAAGACAGGAGGGCUUGAGGGAGGAUGGGCGCGGAGGAGUACAUGUAUUUAACUGACGUUUUCCCACGGUAGGCCUGGAGCUAGUAUCAGGGCCUCUGUGCGCACAAGACCGGCUUUUGUGGCCUGAUGGCAAUCGCCUCUGCUGUUGCUAACAGACGCUGGCCAAAUGACUGAAGGUAGUUCGGUGGGACCCCGUGAAUCAGACAAAGGGUUUGUCGGGAUUCGCAUAAUGCUCGGGAUCAACAAUGUGUGCUAGAAUGGCGUUGUUUUGCUUUUGAUUUCGCCCUUUCGACCAUUCUGGAAGGUGUUCCCGUAUUCUUUUGGACAGGCGUCUACUCGUGGGUCAAUAUAACCCGCUCCACAGGAGCAAUUAAAGGUAUAAAUGCAUCUGGAGGUGGUCUGACUUGGCAGCCUAUCCUCACUCCCACUUCUUCCUAACUCACUGUCUCUUAUUCUUCCCCCGUUCCCGCACAUCGCUUGGAUGGAAAGACGAACUGUGGUUAAUUUCUCCUCAUUACCUCAUUUCCAUAUGAAUGCACCGGCUCGAUGACAAUGUAUCAAAGGCACACGUAUGCUCGCUAACUGGUUUUCUGAAUCAUCCCAUGGGCAUUGUCUCAAUUCCGGAAAUAUGACCAGAUAAACCGACAAGUAGCGCCUCAUCUGCGUGGCGACCAGGACCACUGAUCGAAAUUUGAAGCAUUCAGUAAGAUACCCAGAUGCUCCAACAGACAGACGAUAACUUGGCGGGUAUGCGUGGGCGCAGUGCGGUAAUCACGACGACGGGCCGUCGCGUACGACAACAUCCAUCGAGUGCACCACAGUUGGUGGGCGCGGGACGGUGAUUUGUUCACGAAUUAGCGAUAAUAGUUUUGCAUAGCAUAUGCCACAUUCUCCCGUCCCUCAUGCCCCUGGACCCGGUAGCAAAAGCAUCAGAGCGACCGGAGGUGGAUUCGGGCAUAGUGGUUGGGAAAGCCAAACGGUCCGUCCAUGCGUCCCACGCACACGACCUGGUCCCCGCACAGCGGACCGGGUUUUUCCGCAGAAACAGGGAGCAGUAGGAAUCCAAUCUAAGUAGAAGCUUCAUAGGGACCUCACUAUGCAAGAGUCAUUGCAGACUGACUUCCCAUCCAGAGAGGGCUAAAUUACCCUGUCAGUAAGCAGCCUUCCAAGCCACAACUUUUGGCGUGUCCGAUUUUUUGUAGUGGCAAAUGUGCUGAGUACCGUGGGACCGGAGUUCCCUGAAUCGACCUCAUUCUCUCUUACCUCACCCAGUCCACUCUCCGAGCCGGUCAGUCGUCAAAUGCGGGGGCUGGGCGCAAGUGGCUGGCGUGGCGCGAACUGUGCGUGCCCUAUCCCAGUCCAGUCCCCGUUUUGUCCAGUGUGGCUCUUUGUGGGGGCACGUGUUACUCACAGGGAUCUAUUUGUAUGCAUCAUUUUAGAAUUCUGCGGCUCUGUAGCGGCCGAGGACGUCAAGAGUAGCACACACCAAAGUAAGGAAACACUGAGAAGAGAUCCUGGUGGAGGUAAAUCUGAACAGAACUGUUAGCAUCUUUAGAAACUCAUUCACGCGCAGGAAAAGAAAGUACGCCAAGUAUGGGGUAUGGUAUAAUAGAACGACAUGGAUAUGGAGAAUGUGUAAAACAAACAUUAAUGCACACGUGGAAUGAGAAACAACGAAUAGGUGACCUGUCUGGAUGGAUAGGUGACCCCGACAUACUAGCUAAACAGCCGGUGGGGGUGCAGCGCUGUGGGCAACUACAGGGAAGGGCCGAGGGAGGAGCCGACGUUGAAUGGGAAAGAGUCGACAGCGUCAGUGUGUUGCGAGAGGGGGGUGUCGGCGGUGGCGAGAGGAAGGGACACCGGCCGGCUGCACCAGCACGCAGUUACACCACCUCCAUCCCAAGUCAACGCCAAAAGUGUUACUACAUUCAAACAAUCCUGUCCAUGCCAAGGGGUGUUACAUCUCGUCUCUAAGCAUUCCGUACUACGAACACGAAUCAUUGUUAGCAGGAAGUUCACACUGAUUGCCGUUUUUAAAACCACGAGUUUUUGUUGUUCGUAGUCCCAGCACAGUAAACCGCGGUCCAUGUGUGGAGCUGUAUCCUCCCCUCCCCAACUGGCGUUCCUCGUGCGUGCCCUACCCGCAUUAUUUUGGAUUCUCUCUGCACAGGAGUUCUUUGCGUGCCUUGCCGUUGGUGCAUUCGUUCGGGAUAGGCGUUAGAUGGUCCUAUACUAGUCACUAGUUAAUUCCGUUCUUGGCCAGUCACGAACAUAGUGGGGAGGAGAGUAAGAUGUAUGUGCCGCAUAUUUUCACGACCAUAAAAAGAAAACAAGCGCGUUUUUUUUACUGGUUGCUAGCCGCUUUGCACAUUAGGUUGAUUAUUUCAGAAGCAUAAACUGACCACUAUACAGUGUUUGCCUACUCGCUCUAGAAUCCACUCGAAAGUGUAUCUUUACGUACCACGAGGGCACCCUUAUGGGUGUUAGAUAAAGCAAGUUAUCUACUUAUUGUAACACAUCAGCGGUUGUGGCUUGGAAGUUUACUAGCUGGUGUGAUUAUUCGGUUAGAGCUGCGUUGCAGCGACUCCUCCUUGGUGCGACACAGUUGCUUUGUCCACAGCUGCACCAGACACGGUAAACGACUCCAGAUGUUUUCUACCGUGGCAAUGGGUCUUUCGGCCUCAUGGUCUAGCGCCUUAUGGUGGCCUCCGAGUCAUGGCUUUCCGGUCGUCAGUCAAUCAACAAGCGCAGUGGCCUCCCCGCUCUAUAUUCGGCGCUAAGACUUUGUCUAGGCAAAGUAGUUAGUCGUGAGGACAGCGUGCAGAUGAACACAGUUCCUAGUGUCAGUAUCGGUGAGCCAAAUUGCCCAAGAGCCCACACGGAUGACGAAAUCCGACCGUCUGCAACUCGACUGCGUGCGAUGAGCGUGGGAAUCGAUAAUCUUGACCGGCACACAAGGGCAUAGCAACUACACGGCAACUGCAUGCUUCAACACAUGGCCAGUCGAACCGUAAAGCACUUGUGAGCUGCCGACUGCGAUAGGCAUGUAGCGACCUAGCAACUGCAUCUUAUAAAUACUGCAACACCUGGGCAAUUUACCACCCCUAUGUGACUGUCUCUGAUGAUGGAUUCCAGUGAGAAUCCGAAACGUCGGGCUGAUAAAGCUCAUGUUCCGGCGAUCGUGUCUCCCUCAUAGCAACUACUACCUGGAAGUCGCCUCUUCGCUUCUAUUAGCAGGUUUAGUGACUGUCAGGCCGUGAGUAGCAGUUUCCGAGGGAUUGUAGAGCAGAGGCGCCAAGUCAUUUACAGUUGGAGGGUUAUUUUUCGCACACUGCGAAUUGUUUUAAAGCAGCAGCUUUUUGUGUUCGGCGUACUCUUCGACUGAAGAGUGAACUAGUGCCCGUUGGGGAUGGCUGGAAUAAUGGAAAUAUCGCGGUUCUUCCUGUUGAACUAUAUUUCUAUGCUUAUUUUGGUAGUGUUACACAAAAGACUCGGGAUGACAAAUGAUUUCAAAAGGUGUAGCCACAUAUCACGAGUGGCUGUACUGAGUUUCUGACGGCCCCUACUGUUUUUUUCUUCAACUCUGACCUGUAAAGGAGUUUCACGACCAUUGUUAGCGAAACUGGUCACUUGGCUUAUCCACAACUAAUCACACCUGCUUUUUGUUUCCUCUCUUCCUCUAGGGGAUGACGGGUGGCAUAAUUCCGGGUCGCAUCCGUAUUCACCAACAGGCCUAUAUAGAGGCAAGUAAGUUUCGCCAAGCACUUCCAAGUAUUCCCCUCCAGAAACCUACGUUGUGAAGACGCUGGAUAGGUAUGUCAGUUUAGGAGAACUCCACAGGGCAUCCCUUCUCGGUGAUCCUAGUCUGCGUGAAGUGGUUGAUAAGCUCACAGAAAGUUCUCGAAACUGGUAAUUUUAAGGUUGAUGCUUCUUUUCUAGCAAUGCAGGUCCUUCAUCAUCGACAGAAUGGUCCGCCGUAUCCGCUGCACUCGGAGCACAUUUCUCAUCAGCUCCCAUGCGGUAGGCAAAUUUUGAAGCACUAGCAAUGUUCUAGGUGUUUCGAACUAUGUGCCAGAUCCUCAACUCGGCCAUUCCUAAGUGUUGCUACCUGGAGCAGUCGAAUUUGAAACUUGUUACAAAAUAUAUCCUUUUAUUAGCCUUAUUUUGGUUGUUGAAUGUGCUGGAUCUUUCAUUGGUACUCACUACCCCUCAAUCAGUUAUACCUUAA